AUGUCCAACGUCGCAUCUCCAGUGCUGGGAACGGAUGUCAUCCUGAACCCUGGUGCCUCCUUGUCUGAUUUCAUGGCAGUGCUCUUUCCUCCACCCAUUCCUGGCGCCCAGCACCGGCCACCGUGGGGGCAGCACCUGCCACCUCCCAUCACCCCAGCAUUCCCGCCUGUCAGCAGCCCGGUGCUGCCAGCUUUCCCCACGACGCCUUUGGUGGCUAAUGGUGGCCGUGGACCCAGUGCCCCUGGGGCCUGCAACCUCACUGUCCAAGUCAGGUCACAAGGGAGGCCAGUGGAGGCCCCCCAGACUCAGACCUUUAUCAUAACUCAGGGCCCCCUCACCUGGAGCGCUCCAGGGGCUCUCAGCGGGAGUGUUGCAUGUCCUGCACCCGUAUUCUUAGCAACCCCUGUGAUGGAGACCAUUGUGACUGCUCCAGCUGUUGGAGUUACUCAGGCUGGCAUGGGAGGCUGGACCCCAGGCUUUCCUCCUCAAGUUCCACCACCAGCUGCCCAGCUGGCCCCUAUCAUUUGCCCAGUGAACUCUGGGCCUUGGCCACAUGGCACUUCCAGGGAGGCCAGCCUGGCCACCAACCAGCCCUACACCUCGCAGGGAGACUGCUCUAAUCCCCAGAGCGUGUACAGUAACUUCCGACGUUGGCAGCGCCUCAAGCCACUGGCCCAGAGACACCUUCCCAAGAGUCCUGAUGCAGAAGCUCUUUCCUGCUUUCUCAUCCCAGGGCUUCGAUCCCUGGCCCGCCUGAAGCCCACCAUGACGCUGGAGUGGGGACUGUGCAGGGCCGUGCAGGAAUGGCAGCGCAUAAGCAACGUUGACCGGAUGAUCUACUACAAGAUAGCGGAAAAGUUCAUGGAAUUUGAGGCCGAGGAGGAGAUGCAGAUUCAGAUGUUGCAGUGGAUGCAGUGCACGCAGGACCUGCCUCCUCCAGCCCCACCGAAGCUGGAUCCUCGGGGUCCCCCAGCCCCGAAACCACACAGGUCCCAGCAGCCCCCGGAGCCCAAGGCACCCAAGGAGAUUCCCCCUGAGGCUGUGAGGGAGUAUAUGGACAUCGUGGAGGCGCUGGUGGGGCCCGUCCACUCAGCCACAGGCGAGUCAGUUGCAGAAGGUGGAGUGGACGGAAAUGAGCUGAAGCAGGAAGAGGACGGCAUCUACUCGGACCCGGGCCUCUUGAGCUACUUUGACAAGCUGUGUUCCCAGGAGGACUUUGUCACCAAGAGGAGGUGUAUGCAGAUGUUCAUGGAAUUUGAGGCCGAGGAGGAGAUGCAGAUUCAGAUGUUGCAGUGGAUGCAGUGCACGCAGGACCUGCCUCCUCCAGCCCCACCGAAGCUGGAUCCUCGGGGUCCCCCAGCCCCGAAACCACACAGGUCCCAGCAGCCCCCGGAGCCCAAGGCACCCAAGGAGAUUCCCCCUGAGGCUGUGAGGGAGUAUAUGGACAUCGUGGAGGCGCUGGUGGGGCCCGUCCACUCAGCCACAGGCGAGUCAGUUGCAGAAGGUGGAGUGGACGGAAAUGAGCUGAAGCAGGAAGAGGACGGCAUCUACUCGGACCCGGGCCUCUUGAGCUACUUUGACAAGCUGUGUUCCCAGGAGGACUUUGUCACCAAGGUGGAGGCAGUCAUUCACCCUCGAUUCGUAGCAGAACUGCUUUCCCCAGAUGCACAGCUGGAUCUCUUGGCCCUAGUGGAGGAGCUGGAGCAGGAGGAAGGGCUCACCCCAGAAGAACUGGUGCAGAAACGACUCCUGGCCUUGAAAGAGGACGAGGGUGUGCGGGCCGACCCGAGUCACAGUGCACCCGGAAUACGCUCAAGUCCUUAUGAGUCCUACGGCGGCCAGGGUGCCCAGAGGCACGACCAAGACCCCCAUCUAGGGGUCACUGAUGAAGCCUGCCCACCAGAGAUUGAUUCUGAGGCUCCUCAUAGGCUCAUCCAAACAGACACUGGCCUGUGCACGCCCAAAGUCUCUGUUCCCUCUCGAGGACGUCAGGCGGUCUCUCCAUUCCGGGCCGGACGGCCCUCCCCUCCCCAGGGUCAAAGGCGCGCUGGCCCUCUACCAGGACCCAGGGAUGCGUCUGUUCUCAGAGAGGCCUCUCCUGUUCGGGAGGCCCGAGGGCCCAGGGACGGGUCCGGUGAGGACGAGGAGGAGCUCCCCAGCCUGGCCUUCCUCUUCGGCUCUCUGGAGAGCCUGCUGCCUGGCUGGGUGUCCCAGAGUCCUGCCCAUGCCUCAGGCCUGGCCUCCCCUGGAGGUUGGGGGGCCCGGAGUGCUCCCCAGGCCCCCUCCCCUCAGAGAAGAGGCCUCAGCCCAGCUCCACCAGCCGCUCCCAAGUCGAGGAAGCGGGCUCUGCGUGGACGCCCAGCCUCUGCUGAGAAGCUGCCCAUCCCCGGGGCUGGCCUCCGGGUGUCUGGGAAGCCAGCCUUGGCUCUGUGGCCGGCUCGCCCCUCACAGCCGAGAAAGAGAAAGCGGGACGCGUGUGUCCCAGAGAAGAGUAGGAAGAGGAGAGGAAGCAUUGCAGCUGGUAGGGAACAGCUGGGCCGGCCCUCCAGGGCGGCCCCCAGGGGAGCCUAG